AUCAUCGCCUUCAUCCUGGCCUUCUCCGUCGGCGCCAACGACGUGGCCAACUCCUUCGGCACGGCGGUGGGCUCGGGGGUGGUGACCCUCCGGCAAGCCUGCGUCCUGGCCAGCAUCUUUGAGACCGUGGGCUCCGUCCUCCUGGGCGCCAAAGUCAGCGAGACCAUCCGGAAGGGCCUGAUCGACGUGAAGAUGUACAACUCCACGCAGGCGCUGCUGAUGGCGGGGUUCCGGGCCAUCUGCUUUUCCCUAGUGGCCAAAGGGCAAGAAGGCGUCAAGUGGUCCGAGCUGCUAAAAAUUGUGUUGUCCUGGUUCAUCUCACCCCUCCUUUCGGGCAUCAUGUCUGCUAUCCUGUUCUUCCUCGUCCAGAGGUUCAUCCUCCGUAAGGCGGAUCCCGUUCCCAAUGGCUUGCGAGCUUUGCCCAUCUUCUACGCCUGUACGGUGGGGAUCAACCUCUUCUCCAUCAUGUAUACCGGUGCACCUUUGCUGGGCUUUGACAAACUUCCUCUGUGGGGUAUCCUCCUAAUAUCGGCGGGGAGUGCUGUUGUCUGUGCUCUCAUCGUCUGGUUCUUUGUAUGUCCGAGAAUGAAGAAGAAAAUCGAACGAGAGAUCAAAUCCAGUCCUUCUGAAAGCCCCUUGAUGGAGAAGAACAUCAGCCCGAAGGAGGACCACGAGGAGGCCAAGGUGCCCCUGGGUGAUGCCAAGAGCCCUGUUGCUGAUGUGGGGUCGGCUGUGCCCCACCGGGUGGUGGUGGAGGAGAGGACUGUCUCCUUCAACCUGGGGGACCUGGAGGAGGCCCCGGAGCAGGAGAGGCUCCCCAGCCUUGACCUGAAGGAAACGAGCAUUGACAGUGGAGCCAUGCGGCUGCCCAAUGGCAACCUCGUCCAGUUCAACCAGGCUGUGGGCCACCAGCUGAGCUCCAGCGGGCAGUACCAGUACCACACCGUGCACAAGGACUCUGGCCUCUACAAGGAGCUGCUGCAUAAACUGCACCUGGCCAAGAUGGGGGACUGCAUGGGGGACUCGGGGGACAAGCCCCUGCGGCGCAACAACAGCUACACCUCCUACACCAUGGCCAUAUGUGGCAUGCCCCUGGACUCGCUCCGUGCCAGGGAGGGGGAGGAGAUGGAGAAGCUGACCUGGCCCAUGGUGGACACCAAGAAGAGGGUCCGCAUGGACAGCUACACCAGCUACUGCAAUGCGGUGGCGGAUGCCCACCCAGUGGCUGAUGUGGACCUGAACACGGCCCAGGGGGAGAUGGGAGCCGGUGACCGCAAGGGCAGCAGCAGCUCCUUGGAAGAAUGGCAUGACCAGGACAAACCUGAGGUGUCCCUCCUCUUCCAGUUCCUGCAGAUCCUCACGGCCUGCUUUGGCUCCUUCGCUCAUGGUGGCAAUGAUGUCAGCAAUGCCAUAGGGCCCCUGGUCGCGCUCUACCUGGUCUAUCAGACCGGAGAUGUGGCUUCCAAGGUGGCAACUCCUAUCUGGCUGCUGCUCUAUGGAGGUGUGGGGAUCUGCAUCGGCUUGUGGGUCUGGGGAAGGAGAGUCAUCCAGACGAUGGGGAAGGACCUGACUCCCAUCACACCGUCCAGUGGCUUCAGCAUUGAGCUGGCGUCUGCCCUGACGGUGGUGAUCGCCUCCAACGUUGGUCUCCCCAUCAGCACAACCCACUGCAAGGUGGGCUCGGUGGUCUCAGUGGGUUGGCUGCGCUCCAGGAAGGCGGUGGACUGGCGCCUCUUCCGAAACAUCUUCAUGGCCUGGUUUGUCACCGUCCCCAUCUCGGGUCUCAUCAGUGCUGCCAUCAUGGCGGUCUUCAAGUUCGCCAUCCUGGAGGUGUGAGGGCACCAGGGCUCGCCCUGCUCCUGCUUCCCUGCUGCCGCCCCCGCUCCAGCAGCUGGGGGGGCUCAUCCCAGCGCGGGCUGGGGGCUGCCCUCACCUCUGGGGCUUCCUCAGUUCUGCGUAGUGUUGUCACUGAAGUAUUUUUUUUUUUUAAAUAUUAAUGUCUUGGCGCUCAGUCUCUAGCAGGGUGCGCAGCAGUGAGGCCGUGCCUGCCCCCGGGGGCCUCCCCUGCUGCGCUGUAGCUUUAGGUUAGCAGUUCUGGGGGGGCCACUUCUCUUGGUUUUUAAUGACUUAAUUAAGAUCCCCUGGUAGUGAAUCCUCCUCGAGUAAGGACCGGGGCUGCUCCUCGCCCCUCCUGGGGGGCUGGGGGGCUUCCCCCCUCGCAGGCUGUGCUGCGUUCAGCUUUGCCUCCAUCGCUGUAGUGGUGUGGACACCAGAUGCUGCCCAACACCCCCCCGGGGGGGCCUGGG